AUGGCAAAAGGAAAUGACGGGAGAGAAAUAAGUAAAGUUGAAAAACCCAAGUGUAAAAAGAAAAAGAUUCAGUUGGCUGGGGUCUCAGACCGCCGGACCUUGCCCGAGCAAAAGGAGCUCCUACCUUUUUCACCUUUUUCAACGGGAAUAGCGUCGUUACUAUUUUCUACAUGCACGUACUAUUUCGGAAUAUAUACUGGGCAUUGUUCGACAUACGCUCCGGGUCCUCAAUCGGGUUGGUUUAAAGAGGCGCCAAAAGAGUUGAAGGUGGAGAAAACUUCAUAUUGGAAUUCAAGGAUGUCAGAGGAGACACCUUUUCAAAAUAAUUUCGACGACCUCUUGCACAAGCCAACGAGCAAUACCAUAUCUGAAACGUUGAGCAACGUUGACGUUUCAAAUCCAUUUAAGGAUGCCAUCUCGCCUUUGUUCGCGCCG